AUGACCUGGUCAAAGGGACUGUCCAAGUACAGCUCAUUGAGGAUAAUUCUGCACACUGAUUUCCAAGCGAAAAUGGGCAUCGAUCAGCAGAAGUUGCCAAAUGAAAUCAAUGGUCAAACAUCGAGACUUACCGGUUCAGCAGUCAAGGACAGAAUCCACUUUGAUCAGAUGACAGGCAGCAGUCUGACCAGUCGGUCUGCCACUUACACAGCAAUUUCCGAUGAGUGA